AUUUUCUGUCUUUGCAUGUCCUGUCUAUGCUCUUAGUGAGGUCCGUGAUCUUGGUGUAGAUAAAUCUGAAGCCUGAUAUUUGUUUAUAUUUAAAUCCCACAGAAGGUAAGUGAUCUGUGAUCUGUGAUCUGUGAUCUGUGGUUAGAGGCGCAUCUGCGCGUUUGUGGCUCCAGGGUCACACCUUCAGCAGACAGCUGCGCAGGAGGAUGGACGGCGCUUCCCUACAGGCUGUGGGAGCUGCUCUCCGACCACAAGGAGAAGUGAGACAAAUGAGAAAAAGUGAGCAGCUGUAAGACUAUUUCAAUAUUUUCAAUUGAGAGGAGAUGCUGUAAGUGCAAGCUCCUCCACUGGGCAUGCUCGAUCUGGUUUGAAACAGGAGCAGAGAGGCUCGGUGUGAAUAACAGGCAGUUUGGGCGUUUUUUUUGAGGAGGCUCGUCGCCCUCUUCAUCCUCGAUUCUCCUUAUCUGGUUUGGUGUACAGAUCUGAGAAGAGGACCGAUCUCCCUUUGAUCUGACUGGGAUAUUUUUCAUCCCGAUCAUGCAUGAAUGACACCGGUGAAGAUCUGCGCUCUGAUCUUAUCUGCUGAGACAAAGAGCGGCCGUGUGUAGCGGUGGCGUCGCCCAAAGAGCGCGGAGAGGGAGCGGGCUGAGCUGAGCGUGAGGGAGGCGAGUCUGGAGGCAGCUCCGCGUCUCCAUCAGACGCUGUCCGCUCAGCACCACCGCAGUCACCUUGCUGUGAAAGUCACGAACAACAGGCGACCUGCUGGAUUCAAUGAGCCGAUCUGGAAACUGUUGCCGUUUGUGUUUUGUUUCGGGUUUCUGAUCUGGGAGCAAUGUGACGUCCGUUCCUAAUGUGAUUCCAUUGGCUGCACUCAUUUUGGAUGUCGAUUUUAUACCUUCAGCAGAGCCUGGCAAUGUUAACAGUUUGAAAUCAGCCAGGUGCAUGUCAGGUGAUGGUAAGGAGUACAGGGUAAUAGAGGGAAAGCAUGUCAAACACCACUGAUUUCCUCCCAACUGGCGACUGGUUGCUUUGUGCGUAAUUGCUGUGCGCCCGCCGAUAUAGAGGUACAUCUAGACUGACCUUUGCAAUGAGGGGAACUUAGUGGAGAAAUGCCUAAGGGACGCGAUGGGCCUGAGCGACGACAAGGAUCGCAUUGUGAUAAACGUGGGAGGGAUCAGACAUCAGACAUACCGCAGUACCCUGCGCACCCUACCUGGAACCCGCUUGUCCUGGCUGGCCGAGCCUGACGCGCCCAACCACUUCGACUAUGACGCCAAGAUCGAGGAGUUCUUCUUCGACCGACACCCGGGCGUUUUUGCACACAUCCUUAAUUACUACAGGACGGGUAAACUGCACUGCCCGGCCGACGUCUGCGGGCCGCUGUAUGAGGAGGAGCUGGCCUUCUGGGGCAUCGAUGAGACAGACGUGGAGCCAUGCUGCUGGAUGACCUAUCGACAGCACCGGGAGGCAGAGGAGGCCCUUGAUAGUUUCGGCGGAGGGGGUCUGUUAGACCUGGGGAGCGAGGAUCCGGAGCCAGAGCCGGAGCAUGAGGAUGAUGAUGAGAUGACAAGGAGGCUGGCGCAGGGGGAUUCGCCUGAUGUGAGGAGUGGCAGCCUGUGGAGCCGCUGGCAGAAACGGGUCUGGGCUCUGUUCGAGGAUCCAUACUCUUCAAAAUAUGCCAGGUGGAUUGCUCUGGCCUCGCUUUUCUUCAUUCUGGUGUCGAUCACCACCUUCUGUCUGGAGACCCACGAAGCCUUCAACCCGAUUGUGAACCGCACCGAGACGGAAGUGCUGGACAAUGAAACGGUGGUGAGCACAUACCAGGAGACGGAGACGGCGGCCUACCUCACCUACAUCGAGGGCGUCUGCGUUGUGUGGUUCACUUUUGAGUUCCUGAUGCGAAUAACUUUCUGUCCGAACAAAUGUGACUUCAUUCGGAACGCGCUCAACAUCAUCGACUUUGUGGCCAUCCUGCCCUUCUACCUGGAGGUGAGCCUCAGCGGGCUGUCCUCCAAGGCAGCGAAAGACGUGCUGGGAUUCCUGAGAGUUGUCCGCUUUGUGCGGAUCCUGCGCAUCUUCAAGCUAACCCGUCACUUUGUGGGGCUGCGAGUUCUGGGUCACACUCUGAGGGCCAGCACCAACGAGUUCCUCCUCCUCAUUAUUUUCCUUGCUCUUGGCGUCCUCAUCUUUGCCACAAUGAUCUACUACGCAGAACGCAUUGGCGCCGACCCCAACGACCCGAGAGCCAGUGAGCAUACACAGUUCAAGAACAUCCCAAUCGGAUUCUGGUGGGCGGUGGUGACGAUGACGACCCUCGGCUACGGAGACAUGUACCCUCAAACGACCUUUGGCAUGCUGGUUGGAGCCCUGUGCGCCCUGGCUGGUGUGCUGACCAUCGCCAUGCCCGUACCAGUAAUUGUCAACAACUUUGGAAUGUACUACUCCCUGGCAAUGGCUAAACAGAAACUACCAAAGAAAAAAAACAGGCAUAUCCCCAGAGCGCCCCAACCAGGCUCCCCUAACUACUGUAAGUCCAGCAUCAGCUCCCAGCAUCCAAGCCCUAUAGCCCACGACGAUGUGUUUGAGAUCAAAUUUCAAGAUUCGAAGCUGAACGGCGAAGCGGCUAAUGCAGCACUGGCCAACGAAGACUGCCCGCACAUAGACCAGGCCAUUUCUCCGGAGGAGAUCUUCAGCCCCAGCGAGCGAGAGCGGCCCUGCUUCUUGGUCACCACGGCUGAACACCCCAACCACACGGGGGGCAGAGUGAGGAGGGGUUAUGAAAAGCCUUGGAGCCUUAACAGCAUGUCUGGCAUGAGCGGGGAUGCCUCUGGAGUGUCCUCAGUGUCCGCCCUGCCCUGCAGCCCACCCUGUCUAAUGCAGCACUCACAUUCUCCCAUCCCAUCCAUUAUGUAGCAUGGUUGAGUAGCAGACACAAUGCCAUUGGAAGGGCCAGUCCACAAUCCUACCUUCUUAUCUCUCCUGUCAGACUUUGCUUUGACACUUCCUGCCUUCGCUCCUGAUUUUGUUUUCUUCUCAUUUUUGUUUGCGUUGGUUUUUCCUUUCCCUGGGACAAUGUAUCCUAACUGUGCUUAAACUUAAGCUUCCCAAGCGAUACACUUGGGUGUGUCAUCAUAUCCUAAAGUAGUCAACAUUGGCACAUGCCACUCUGCAUGGGCCACCAGAGCUGCAGACGAAGCAUUGUUCUACUGCAGGCCAACUCCUCUUUUUUUUCCUGUGUUGACAUCAUUGCCUGUUGCUCUGUUGCUUUUGAUCUCUCAUACUCUUCUGCUAAUAAGUUUGAUCUCAUUUGCUUUUUUUUUUUUUUUUGUUGAAUUUUUGUAAAAAUAUAUAUAUAUUUUUUUUUUUUCAUGAGAUGUAAUCCCUGUUGAUAGUUUGCUGGAAAUUAACUCAUUGCUUUGAAACAUAUCCAAAAGCUGUUAAGGCAACUGUCAAGCGCUUUGUGUGUUGCAAAGUAGAGACGUUUUCAUGCAGAAGUGCAAUCCAGACAAGACUCCAUGUUAACUGAGUGACCGUUAUAUAUAUUUGAACGCAACGUUCACGAUGUCCAAUGAAAUAUGGAGAUUAUGACAAUUCCUUUGAUGCCAGGGAUGGAUACAUUUAAUGUCAACAGAAUUAAAACUGUUAAUUUGCAUGAAUUGCAUGAUAAAUCAUGUUCAACCAGAAGCUAAUUGUAAUGCAGUAACUGUAAGAAAAAAAAGAGAAGAAUUUAAAAGCUUCCUAAGCUUUGUCAUUCUUAUGCAUUUCAAUACAGCUUUAGAAGAGACUCAGUCAUAGCAGAGAUUUGUAUGUAGCCACCAUUCUUUGCCUUUCCCCAACUUUAUACAUUUAUUUUCCAUGUCAUUUGACCGGGGUCUCCAACUAACACAGAGCUGUUUAACUUGAACAAAUUUGUCACAAAGCCAACAAAUGCUAUUUUAUAUGACAGUGUUUACUGGUAGUUUAGGGUUUUUAAACUCUGUAAAUACUCUUGAGCAACUUCUGUUACUGCUGUGCUGCUUGACCGGAUGCAGGACUCAUGAGACAUACGGGCGCACCUCAAUAAAUUAGUUAUUUAUUUUAUUAACUGAAGCCAAAAAGUGAAACUCAUAUUAUAUAGACUAAUUACAUGCAGAUUUAUAUAUUUCAAGCAUUUAUUUCUGUAAAUAAGACCAAUAAAAAAGAAAAAUUGAAGAAUGAGCCAUGUUUUGUCCUUCACUAUUAUAAGGACUGUUUACAAGACGGUUGUCCAGUAGGCAGACAAGUCAGGCAAAGUAAGCCAACAGAAAAAAGCUGGAUCUUCACAGAAGGUUGUGCAUUAGAAAAGUUGAAAGAAAAGAAAAUCUGUUUUCUUAAAUAUCCAUUUAAAAGGUAUUUACAACAGACAGGGAUGAUUUGGGAGCCAUGCUGGGUUUUAUAGAGUCCAAAGUGAGAGUAUUUUUCUACCAGGAACAUUUAGAGCACCUCAUGCUACCUUCAGCUGACAAGCUUUAAAGAAGUGCAGAUUUCAUUUUCCGGCACCUGUGGUGCUGGAUCUGUCGGGAAAUUCACUAGAUCUAAAUCUCACAGAGCAGGCCUUUUGCAAAACGGUCCUAAAUCAAACAUUGGGUUAAAUUUACCUGCUUGGCAAUAAAUUAAACAUUCAAUAUCCUAAUUUAAUGAACAAAUUAGUUUGAAUGUUAUAGGAAGUGAUCUGUUAAGCAUUGCAAUCCUAAAACAUAAAGUCUAUUCUUAGCAAUAAGAGCACGAUAUGGGUCACUACUUGUUGUAUUUGGUAAAAUUCAUGGACCCAAGUCAGUUUUUGAAUAAAGUAGCCCAACAUGCUACUAAAGCCAUCUGGGUUUCCUCAUUACCUCAGCAGUGGGUCGCCUCCAUGCCCCACUGCGUUGAUGCAGACGUUCCUGCAAAAGGAACCAAAGUGUUUCAGUAGGCAGUUAUAAAAAUCAUUUUUUUUAUUGGUCUUUUUUGAUAUUCAGAUUUUCUAAGAAACUUACUUAGUUUUUUAAUAGAUAUAAAUUGUAUUUAAUUCAAAAGGAAAUUAAAUAAAUGCUUUUAAAGAGAUAGUUCUGUGUGUAAUUAUUAAUAUAUACAUAUAUUUCACUUUUGAAUUCAACUACUGAAAAGUAUUUAUUAAGAUGUGCCUGUAAAACAAUGGUGCCUUCAUAUCAAGUAAAGCAGAGAGAAAGUCAGUAAGAAAUUCACACCUUAUUAAACAAAUGUUCCCAGUGUAGCAUCAUUAUGCCACUUUAUUUCCUAAAUAGGCACUUUUAGCUCCACCCUGAUCCUCUGAAUCAAAUUAAUAUCCUCUUUGGUUAUUGUUGUUACACACCAGUGAUAUCACAAUUUAAAAUUCAGCACCAAGCAAAAAAAAAAAAAAGAUAAGCUGAAAGAUAAAAGAUGAAGGAGAAAAUGAUUUUAUACUUCUCAUAUCUUGUAUAUUAAAGCACAAAAA